CAUGCUAAUAUGUUGUUCAGAUCUGAACGCCUAUAUAUACAGAUGCUCUCCUGGGCUUUGGCCAUAACCACAAACACAAAGCGUAAAGCCAUCUACUAGUACCAAGUAGAGGAAAUAGCUCAAGGCUUUGGAACGCAAGAACAUCACCAUGAAGAGCAGCACUCUCUUGGUGAUCCUGGCUGUCCAGGCCGCUCUUAUCAUGGGAAUCUUUGCUGCUGUUGCAAAAGAAAAUGCCGUGGGUGAGAGCAAGGCGAUCGACAUCAACCCGGGGCAGCUCAAGUGCUGCAGCAACUGCAACUUCUCCUUCUCGGGGCUCUACACCUGCGACGACAUCGUCAAGAAAUGCGACCCUGUCUGCAAGAAAUGCGCCGUCGUCAAGACCUACCCUGUGAAGAUGUUCAAGUGCACCGACACCUUCCUCGGCAUGUGCGGCCCUCCCUGCAAGCACUGAUCGAUCGAUCGAUCGAUGAUGACCUGAAUAAUGCAUGAACGCGAGCCAUUGCUGUCAUAUAUCUGUGAUCUGUGUGAUAUACAGUGUGCAUUAUAUAUCAUAUCUCGAUGCUAGUAUACUGUAUACUCGAACAAUAAGCCGUUGUCUGAGUGAAGGACCAAAUAAAAAUAAUGAAGCUAGAAGGUGUUUGCAUGUUACUUGGGAGACUUGUGUUUCCCCUGGACUUGAGAGGGACAUGAGAACAAUGUUAAUAUUAUCUUGUGAUAAUAGAUAUAUAUUGUCUAUA